UAAUGUGACUUGUAUUCUAAUGGGAUAAGGUGAUCGGUGUAUGUAUUAUCGAUCUGUAACCUAUACUGUGUAUAACGAGUGGAUACAGAAGAUACGCAUUUUCUUUCCAACGUCUCUCAAAGUGUCAAAAAUAUUUAACUCAAGUGGAUUGAAAUUUGCAAUAGGACCUCCAGGAAUGGCUAUGAAUCCCAGAAUGAAUCCUCCCAGAGGCCAACCACUUGGUCCUAUGAAUCCUGCUAACUAUGGUGGAAUGAGGCCUCCUCACAAUAGCACACUAGGACCUGGAGGCCCAACCAUGCCUCCUAUGUCCAUGCCAGGUCCUGGUGGUCGACCAUGGCAGCCUAACACAACACAAAUCAGUUAUUCUUCAGCAUCUCCAGGAAGUCACUAUGGGGGUCCUCCUGUAUCGAGCACAGGACCACCUGGUCCAGGUACUCCUAUAAUGCCUAGCCCACAAGGACCUCCAGGAAUGGCUAUGAAUCCCAGAAUGAAUCCUCCCAGAGGCCAACCACUUGGUCCUAUGAAUCCUGCUAACUAUGGUGGAAUGAGGCCUCCUCACAAUAGCACACUAGGACCUGGAGGCCCAACCAUGCCUCCUAUGUCCAUGCCAGGUCCUGGUGGUCGACCAUGGCAGCCUAACACAACACAAAUCAGUUAUUCUUCAGCAUCUCCAGGAAGUCACUAUGGGGGUCCUCCUGUAUCGAGCACAGGACCACCUGGUCCAGGUACUCCUAUAAUGCCUAGCCCACAAGGUUCAACUGGUCCUUAUUCUCCUGCAAGUCACAGAAUGAAUGCUCCCACUCCAAGAAGAGAUUCUGGAGGUUCUGGAGCGGACGGAAUGUAUACAAUGAUGAAACCUGUCCCAGGUGGAAGUUUAUCUGGGUUUCCAAUGGGUCCAGGCCCUGAAGGACCAAUGGGACCUAUGGGACCAGAAAUGGGUCCUCCAGUGAUGAAUGGAAUGUCUUCAGGUGAUGGCCUGGAUGGAAUGAAAAGUUCACCUGCCAAUGGUCCUGGCACACCACGGGAAGAUGGUCCUCCAAUGGGUGAUUAUGGAAUUCCCACUUAUGGUCAAGAAAAUAUGUCUGGAGGUGGUGGAGGAAUUGACAUGCAGUGCCAUUUGCAGGCUUGUACUAGCCAUCAGUCAGCACCCUUGUGAAGCUAAAUAAGAAACAAAGGUGCCAGGAUCAGAUUGAGAAAAUGGCAAUAUAUGAAGAUUAAAAUGUGUGUAUACAAGAUGGAUAGAGGUUUGAGAAGAACACACAACAUCCUAAGUACUCCAUGCAAUAAUAAAUACAUUUUGCCACAUUACUGUAAAAAAUAUUAGAUUUAACAAUUUGCAAACAAGUGAAAAGUAACUGACCACCAUCAUAAUACUCAUUUCAUGUUUUAUGAUAUAGACUCUUGUCUUUAUUUCACUGGCUUCUUAAUAAUUGGUCAGUAUCUAAAUUUUGUUUUUGUAAUGUACAGAUACAAAAAUUUUGUGAUUUAGGGUGGGAAUAAGACUUUUAUUAUUAUUUUUUCUUUGUUUUUAUGAUCAUGGUUUUAAUAUCCUCAGCACUUUUCUGGCCAAUUUAUGUAAAAGUUGAUGUUGAUAAUCGGAAGCCCAGUGACACAAAUUCAUGAAAUGUGUGCAUGUACGUUCAUUUGUUUGUGUGCAUGAAGUAUGCAUUUGUGUUUGUAUGUGUGUGUGUGGUUCCAGACCUCUAAUGAUAAGAAAGAGGUUCUUAAUGGCAUCAUUCCCCUUGCUAUAAACUUCUGUAUGUUGUAACUAAAACACAAACAGUAGUGUACAGCGAGGCUAUGUAACAUGUAGUAUCAUGUACAGUGACUAUGAUUGGGAGGAUUAAGGGAGCAAAGUAUGCAAGUUUUUCAAAGUUUCAUCUGCAUGUCAGUUUUCCUCUCCAUAUCACUCACCGCCAUCAUUUGUCUUGUCACUACAAAACUGUUGAUUGUAUGAAGACAUGGGUGUCACUUGACUCCAAACAGAUGAGGUAUACAAUUGAUGCAGUAGGGUGACUUUCAUCGGCCAAUAGAUUUUUUGUUCAACAUUGUUUAUUAUUUAUAAAAAAAAAAAGAGAGAACCAUUUUAAGAUUACUAUUUCAACCAGGCUGUUUUAUUUAUCUACAGUCUCUUAAAUAGUACACUUGUGACCUAUUGUAUGUAUUGGUGUUUCAUGGUCAGGUUCUAUUCCCUUUGUAAAAGUGUUCAUUGCAAAUUCUGCCAAGAUUAAUGCUCGUAGAUCCUAAGAUAACAACACAACAGCAUCAAUUCUUACAAGAUAGUGUUGCCACUUUAUUUUCUUGUGUUGACAAUGACUGAUUAUUAAAAAUACUCGUGGAGGAAAAAAUCUUUUAUGUACAAAUAAAUGCAUCUACCAAUUUUUCAGGGAUGGAUCUCUAUGUAAUUUUAUUGUUGGGUUUGUUUCAUCAAGCAUACCCACUUUUGGGUUAAUUGUUGCCAGAACUAUUAUUGACCUCAGUUUUUUACAAACAGUUUACUAUAUAAUUGGAAUAAAAAAAAUUACCAAGAGAAAACAAUCUCACCUGCUUAAUGAAAAAAAAACCAAUCAGGAGUGAGAACCAUGUGGUGGACAGUUUAGCUGUCCAGAAUAAUUGUGUGGUGCUGCCUUGAUACUUAGCAACAGCAGUCAAACUGCACUAGCCGUGAACCAAAUAAUUUUUCCCUCUUGGAUCCAAGACAUUAUAAACUUUUUGGAUGUGUGUGUUUGAUGGGCAUCUACUACUUGGUGUUCCCUGUACCAUAGUUGUUAUCAGGUACCACAACUGCAGACCAAAUUGGGUGGAGACAUUAUGCAGUUUUGUGAAAAUAUAUAAAUGCUCACACGAAAUCUUGGUCCUUUCUGCUUUGCCAAGCUAAGCUCAAGUUUGUGUGUAAUAACAAUCCAUUGUCAGCAAAUGCAUCUAUAGCCACUGUAGAAAAAAAAUGAAAAAUCACAGUGAUUCUGUAGGUGUAAUUGUGAGUUUUCUUGAAAACUUCAUGUUACAUGCUUAGUAAAUAAUUAAUAAAAAUUGCCACCCACUCCUAAAUCCUACUUUUCAGAAAAUGUGUCAACAAAUUGUUAGGAUAAAAUUCCAUACUAUGGUUUUUGUAUUCUGUCUACAUAACUGUUAAUGGAUUGACUUGGAAGUUUAGUUCUAUUCAGACAAUAGAUUUAUUUUCCAUACAAACAGGAAGAUACUUUUUCUAUUCAUUGUGAAAAUAGCCAGCAAUACCAUCAUAUAUUAUAAAUUGAAUAAUUUCAUCUCUUGUGAAACAAGAAAUGUUGUGGAAAUCAUGUAAUACAUGUAUCCUAUUCUUUGUCAGGAUAUGCAAUUAUUCCCUUGUCACUUAUGGUUCUUCAAUUUAUUUUCUGUUCCAGCACAAAUUGAUACGAUCAAAAAAAAAGAGAUGUAUUUGUAUUAAAAUUUCUUUGCGUGGGAUAAAUAGCCCAGGAAGAAGAGAAAUAACAAUCAUUGUUUUAUCUACUAGCAGUUCUUGUUCCUGAUGCAAAAGAAAUAUACCAACUGGCAGUUGUUGUAAGAACAAUCUCUGUGUCUUGUAAUAUUAUUCUGAACAGAAUUUGAAAAAAAAUGACUGUAAAACAGAUUCACGUAGCAGAUUGUUGAAUUGAUUAAAAUACCCACAGUCAUUUCAAUCACUU